AAACAAAAAAGAUUUAAGAAGAUUUGAGUUUUUUAUAGUAAUCAAAUCGAAAUAUAAUUUUAGUCUGCCUGAAACUGUGGUAAUGUGUAGUCCAUAAGAGCAGGUAAUCGCAAAAUGUGUGCUUACAAUCUGUCUCGUGUAUCGCUCGGCAAAAACGUUAUUAUCGCCAACACAAGGUGUUGGUUGAAUACAAAAAAUCACGCACACAAAUGCACCGCCGCCUCCACUGCAGGCGCAGCCACACACAUACACUCAAACAAAUCAGCUGAUGCGGCCUCGGAGUGGCAGCAAGCACGUCCAUUCUCUGAGUUGCCCAGGGAAGGCGUUUUUAAAUUUUUGCGGCAAUUGCUGCCCGGUGGCCGAUAUUAUAAAUUAGAUUCCGCACAAUUAUUGAAGGCAAUGCAAAGGGAUUAUGGCGAUAUUUAUAUAAUGCCUGGCAUGUUUGGUCGACCUGAUGCCUUAUAUACACAUAAUCCAGCUGACUUUGAGCGUGUCUUUCGCAAUGAGGGGGUCUGGCCGAUAAGACCCAAUUCGGUAACUUUGCGUUAUCAUCGCAACAAACUGCGCGCUGAUUUCUAUGGGGACGUCGAGGGAAUACUUGCAACCCAUGGUGAGCAAUGGAGCACAUUUCGAACGGUCGUUAAUCCAUUGCUAAUGCAGCCGAAGAAUAUUAAAAUAUAUCUCAACAAAAUGGCACAGGUGAACCACGAAUUCGUAGAAAGAAUCCGUUUGAUACGUGAUAUCAAAACUUUGGAAAUGCCCGAUGACUUUAAAGAAUACAUACAGCGUUGGACAUUGGAAUCGGUAGCUCUUGUGGCGCUGGACAAGCAACUCGGUUUGCUGCGUGAUGAUAGCGAAAAUUUCGCUGAUGCUUCCAAACUUUUUGCAGCCUUAACGGAAUGGAUGUAUCUUACACUGGAUUUAGAAUACACACCAUCGCUGUGGCGUAUUGUGGCAACCCCGAAGUUUAAACGCUUGAUGCAAGCGUUGGAUGACAUACAAGAUAUAACAUCGAAGUAUACCAUAGAGGCAAUUGCUAAGCUAGAAGCGGAGCAACAACUGGGCAUCGAGCAUGAGGAGAAUGAAAAGAGCAUUUUGGAGAAAUUGCUGAGAAUUGAUAGGAAAAUUGCUACAGUGAUGGCCAUGGAUCUAUUGCUAGGCGGUGUCGAUACAACAACUUCACUCACCGUUGGAAUUCUACUUUGUUUGGCCAAGAACCCCGACAAACAGGAAAAACUACGUGAGGAAGUAAAGCGUAUACUACCAGAAAAGAAUGGAGAUUUCGCGGCUGAUACACUCAGCCAGAUACCAUAUCUACGAGCAUGCUUGAAGGAAGCAUUACGCAUGUACCCAGUGACUAUUGGAAAUAGUCGUGUGCCGCAGAAAGACGUUGUUUUGAGCGGUUAUAGAGUACCUAAGGGCACCGUGAUUAGCAUGAUUUAUUCAACGCUACUAAAAAGUGAAGAACAUUACGCGCGUCCAUUGGAAUUCCUACCGGAACGUUGGCUGCGACCAAAUAAUGAAACAGUUGAAGAACCGGGAUGCGCAGCAAUUGAAGAUACUAAACAAUUGAAAGCCAGUAGCCCCUUUACGUUUCUGCCUUUUGGUGUCGGUCCGAGAGCUUGUUUGGGUCGUAGAAUUAGUGAUUUGGAAAUAGAAUUGGGUAUUGCCAGAUUGGUGCGAAAUUUUCAAAUUGAAUUUCAUUAUGCGACAGAUAAUGUAUUCAAGAAUAUGUUGAUUAAUAUGCCAAAUGCGCCAUUAAAAUUUAAAUUCAUUGAUAUUGAGUAAAGGUGAUGGAGAGGUGGUGAAUUAUAAACCACUUACAGAAUUUUUUAUUUAUUAAAAAUUAAGUGAAAAAAUAUAAUUUAAAUAAUAACAAAUUUUAACUUCGGUUAACAUACAAGAAACGGUUCCGACAAAUGAGCAGCUUCUUGAGGAGCAAAGAAUGUGUACAAAAUUUCAGAUCGAUAUCUUAAAAACUAAGGAACUAGUUCAAGUGUGCUAACUUAAUAUACCCUGUUCAGUAUAAAUAGUCAUUAAAUAAAGAACAAUAUAUAUAUCCGGCAUUUUUUAUGAAAUAUGAGAUCGCAUUUUGAAAUUUAAACGAACGGUAAAUGCAAAAUUGCGAAGAAUAAAAUAUUGGAGUGUAUAACUAACUUUUUCUACAACAACUUCCUUGUUCUUAGCCAUUUAAGUUUUCAAAGGAUAUCCGAUAGUGAUUUUUCUUAUUCUGAAAUGCUUGCAAUAAACACGUUUUAAAUAAUGCAACUAAAGAAACCAUGAAAUCUACGAAGGCGAGUAACAUACUUCGAACAAAAUAAAAUGAAGCUCUAAGCUUUAUUGAGUACAUAGUUCAAAGGGAAAGCUUUGAUUCAUGAGAAGAUCUGGCAUAGUUCAAUUAAACGCUAUUUUGAGAAUAUUCUACGACUCUACAAUAAAAUUAGUAUAUAUAAAGAGAGUAGCGUAUCUUCAUUUAAUAUCAGUCAUCUGUAAACCAUUCAAAAUUUGUAACAUCCUCUAUUUUUCGCCAAACAACAAGUCGCACACUAAUAGGAGAAAACACCUAACCUAGCAUACACAAAAGUCUUAACGAUAUAUGGACAUGACAGUUAAAGAAAAACAUUUGGGUAGAUGGAUCGAAAAACAGACCGUUAUUUGAACUGUCGUUUCCGUGCACAUAAUUUUUACCAUGCAUAAGUUCCUCCCAGUUUUGGUUGGCUCUCCCGAAAUUAUAAAAUAUCUUAUUCCUCUUUCCAAAGUUAAACAAUUGCAAUGUCGCUGGUUACACCAAAAUUUCUUCAGCGUCAAUGAACCGCCUUUUGAGAUUAAAUUUCUAUAUAUAAAAUAUAUAAAUAUUUCUUAAAUUUUUUUAAUAACACUCGUAUGCACAUUAGACUGAAAUGCGAUGUAUGGUGAGAAAAAGUUGGUAGUUCACCUGUAGGGUUUAGAAUUUGCUCUGUAAAAUCGUAUUUUUAUUAUGAUCCCGCGUUUUAAACUUUGAUGAAAUACGAUUUUUAAACUGCUUUUUAGAUACGGUCUAAUAUAUGUACUCGUAUGUACAUAACAAAACUAUAAAUUAUUUGAAUAAAUUAUUAAUUUAACUAAAAGUCAGCACUUCUUUUUCAUUUAACAUUGUAUUGAAAUCAGUAAACACUUAACAUUUAUUUAAAGCUCGUUUAAAUCUUUAUUUACUUCAUAUAUUAUUUGUCAUUUUAUAUGCUACGCUUUACAACAAAUUUACUUAUACGCAUCUAAUUACAUUUGCUAUUAUUCAUUUUAUGAGUUUUCCCCCCCACUUACAUACAGUUACACACAUAGUUUUACACACAUACAACGUUUUGUGUACAUUUUAACAAACAAUGCCGUUACAAUUUAAUUACAUUUUUGUUGGUGUAUUUUGUGUAUAAUUCGAAUUUUUUUCUUACAAUGAUUAUGUGUACAUACAUAUACAUACAUAUGUAUAUACUUAAGUACAUAUAUGUAUAGUAAGUCAAUUUUUACAGUAAAGCUAAAGUGUUAAUUCCUUUUAAUUACGAUUUUUCCAUAAUUUUAGAGCAAUUCCAAGUGUUACGCUUUAAAGGGCUUUGAUAUUACUUGCUUUUGCAAUGGUUACUUCCAAUAAGAAACGUAUAAAUUAUGAUAAACGAUAGUGCUUUCGAAGCCCGUAUGCAGCAACAAAUAUUUGUUAAUUUUUAUUUCUUAAAGUUUGCUUUGCAAUUUUGAUAUGAAGUACUCGUAUAAAUACAUAUAAAUACAUUUAUGAAUGCAUUAGUAUAAAAGCAGCGAGGAAUUGUUCAUAGCACGAACGCUUAUAACGGCAGUAAAGAAUUAAGCAAAAUAAUAACUAUGAAUCCAUAAAUGCUUCUGCAUAAAUACAGUUCAAAUACAUUUCUACUUUGCUCAAAAUUACAAGUUUUGUAAUGCACAAAAUAUGAAUACGAAUUAAUUAAAAAUUGUAGCUGAAAACCGUUUUGUGAACUUUAUACGAAUUAAAAAAAAAGAAAAGUUUAAAAGUUUAUAUACUACGAAGCAUUCUCUGCAUACAAUAUUUAAAAGCAACAGUCUGGCAUCACUAUUAAGGUAGAGUUUAUUUAUUUAUGCGUUAUGUUUAAGCAACUCUGUUAUGAAAAUCGAAAAUGUGGAAACACACAAGAAUAGCCAAAAAUAUUUGGUACACCAUUAA